ACACCUUGUCACAGAACAGACAUGUGGCUCCCUCUGGGUAUCGCACUGAUCACUGUAUUUCUGACGGUCAAGUUCCUUCUUAGCCGUCUGAGGAUAAACAGAAAAAACAGUGACCUUUUUGUACUGAUAACUGGAUGUGACACCGGGUUUGGCUACUUAGCGGCAACAGCAUUCGCCAGAAAAAGAAUUCGUGUAUUUGCUGGAUAUCUAAAAGAGUUCAAAUUAGAUUCGGAACCAUCAGAAUAUUUGAUUCCAAUCCAGUUAGACGUUACCAACGAAAAACAUAUAAAGAAGGCAGUCAAAACCAUAUCCGAUCGCAUACCACCAGAUCAAGGACUUUGGGCAGUUAUAAACAACGCUGGGGUGUCUUUACAUACAGGUCUUUGCGAGGCCCAAACCCCAGAUAACUAUAAGGACUGCCUGAAUGUUAAUUUAUUCGGAAUGGUCCUGGUGAACAAACACUUCCUUCCGCUUCUCCGUAAAUCCUCGGGACGCAUCAUAAACAUGGCUAGUAUUGGAGGAAGAUUUGCCUUUCCAUAUUCAUCUCCGUAUGUUGUAUCAAAGUUUGCAGUUGAAGGAUAUUCAGAAUGUUUAAGGCGUGAGUUAUAUCACCAAGGUGUUUCUGUACAUGUAAUAGAGCCAGGAGCAUUCGACACAGGCAUGCUGAUGCGCUCGACACCUAUUGACUUUGCACAAAGAACAUUUGACACACUCCCAGACGAGGUGAAAGACUACUAUGGCAGAGAUUUCUUUCAGAAAAUGUCAAAGAAUAUUUUACGAUUCAAAGGCAGUAAAGACCUUAACCAGGUGACAGAGGCGUAUUACCACGCCCUCACGGCCCGCUAUCCCCGGGCCUACUAUAAGGUGGGGUGGGACGCUAAGAUCCUCUUCAGGAUUCUUAUCUACCUGCCAACGUGGAUCACGGAUUUUCUCGUAACAUGGAUGUUUCAGAGGCCUGCCGGUGCUAAAUUAUAAUCUGAAAGACUUCUAGUUGGUUGUGAAUGACUCAGUAGAAGAUUUCCUAUCUUGUACAUUACCGGAUGUAUCUAUAGAAGGACGUCCACCCACUGUAUAUAGUAUACAGUUAUGGACUCUUUCGGUGCUAAAUAUGGUUUAUGUUUAUGCACCAGAAAAAUAUCAACACUGAUCGAAACCAAGCCGGCGAGAACGGUUUCAAAUAUGAUGAAUAUGAAGUUUUAUGAACUGAUUUUUUUUUUAUAGAUUAUAAAUGGACUAUAUAACUACUAAAAAAAAAGAAAAGACAACGUACUUCACUUUUCAUUGAAUGUCAUAUUAUAAUUUUUGAAUUUACUGGGUGGAAAUAAAUACAAAAA